AUGGGAGUCUUCUCUUCUCCUUCAGAAAAGCAGUUCGAAGGAAAAGUCGACGCUGAACAAAACAUCGAUGUAGAAAAACGUCGUCUGCAUUCCCGCAUCCACACGGCAGGCCACGUAAUCGGUCUCGCAGCUGCCCACCUCAGGGCUGCCGGUUCAAUAGCUCCGGACGUGGUUGAUGGAAAAGCAUCCCAUUACCCUGGCGCAGCCUUUGUAGAAUUCUUGGGUCUCAUUCCAAGCGACAAAAAGGCUGAGAUACAGGCUCGAGUCGACGAGAUGGUGGCUGCAGACAUGGACGUCAAGAUUCACUUUUGGGACGAAGAAAAGGCGAAGAAAGAGUGUACAGGGGUCAUGGAGACUCUGAAAGGGGAUGAAGAGGAUGGGGUCAGGGUCGUGGAGAUAGGAAGCGAAGGAAGCUACCCUUGUGGGGGUACGCACGUGCAGAAGCUGAAAGAGUGUGGGAAAAUCGUGGUGAGGAAUAUCAAGAGACAGAAAGGUGUCACCAAGGUGAGCUACGAGGUGCAAGAAGCUUGA